AGCGAAUGCGGUAGGACAUAAUCAUAUGCAAAAAAGCAACCGACGCAUUUUUUUCCCUGCCAAUUUUCUUGCAAAGUUGGUAAGCCGGAACUGCUGGGUGCAUCUGUCGGCUUUGAACACACCUUCUCCCAAAGGGAUCGUAUCUGAAAUGCGCCGACCAAAAUCAAAUGAAAACAACUAGUACGAGUUCGUCAUCGAAAUUACUGCUUGUGCUUCUACUUUAGGGCAAGAAAGCAAAAAAGUAAGAAAGCGAGAACGUUUGGCACCACCAUUGUUCCGCAUGUGUUUGACGGCGAACCCGAUGUCGUCCCGUCUGGGUUUCUUCCGAGCCAAUUGUUUUCGGUGUCGCGAAUGGCGUCUUGCAAUUCGAAAAAGUUGAGGCUGCUCAUGGGGCCAACGUAUUGCCAGUCCAAGAAAAUUUUGCUUGUUUCGUCUUCGGUUGCGACGGUGGGCAUAACCAACAACGUCGUGCGGUUCGCACCGCUUUCGGUGUCAUGCUCUUGAAAAGAUCCGGGCGCGGAACUCUUGUUAGUACCAUAGGUGUCUUGGUAGGCAAAGUCCCCGUUGUAAGAAAUCCCUGCAAUGGGACGAUCUUUCCCGUCACCGCCGACACAGUACAAAAACACCUGGUCGCCGUCCAAUCCCAAAUCGAAGUAGUGUGUUUCGUUGCCACCAACCUCCGCCUGUGUUCCAUCUACGUCCUCAUCCAUCCAUUCCUCUGCGUAUUUAUAAAUCUGGGUAUUGUUCCCAAUUCCGAAAGCAACACCAGACGGCACACCUUGUGGCGGAGUCGUAAACUUGAGGAUGCCCUCUUUCCCAACGAAAUUGGGAACAAAUCCUUCGUCUGUCCAGGCUCGGUCUGUCAAGUACAAAUCGAGUCCUCCCGGAAUAUCCUGAAAUCCAAACAUCAAAACCUCACCGCGUCGUUGUGUGGUGCUGUUAGUGAGAUCAUCGAGUACGGUAGGCCAUGCAUUGAUACCGAUGAAAUAGAAGGAUCCAAUCAAUAGACUGUCGCAGGCUUCGCCCAUUGUUGUUGCCAUCUUGUUAACGUGGUUUUGUGCGACGAAGCUCUCUUGAUGGCAGAAUCGUUUGCGCUUUAUGCCUUUGUCUUGGGGAGGCGAUGAUUGCCUUGGAGAAGAGGAUGAGGAACAAGGAAAGGACUAACAAGAACAUUACUGCGCAAAAAAACAAAGUAUCGGUACAGUUAAAGGUGAGAAAAGAUCCUAGUAGAAGUUGUGACAUUUUGAUGUCACAUGUUUCAAGCUGGAGAACAGAAAGCAAUGACUUUUUUUAAGAAGGAAAAAUAUGCCAAACAGCUUGCUAGAUGACCAUUUUUUGGUCAUUUGUUGUCUUAACUGAAGUGAUACCCGGUAAGGCAGGUGCUAUGUCAGUCCUUUUGUAUGGUCACAUUACGCGCGGAAGGAUCAAGUUGGAAGUAUUCCGGUGAAUGACAGACGUUCGGACCACUUUUAGUUUUCGUAGGAAAAAAAUUCUAAUAAUAAUCGUGGUUCAAUUCAAGAAGAUUCUCAUCAACAACAUCAUCAUCAGUCAGAGAAAAAAAUAAUGCAACAACGACAUCACUAGCCUUGCUACAUAAUUCUACGGUGCAGUCAGGUACUGGUACUACCGUCAUUUCGAAUCAUUUGAAGCAAAGGCGUCUCGUAACUGUCAUUAAACAACACCCUUUCAAAGUAUAAAAGUAUAUACUCAUAUCAUGCCGAUAAUACAACAAAUAACUUCUGCUGCAAUGGCACUCUUCGUGGUGGCUUUGUGUUUCCAACAGGUCGAAGAGGUUUCCGCCUUUUCGUCCACAGGAAUCCCACUUUCGUACGGAUCAGCAACAUCGAGAAGAAUGUCGACAUCGGGACGAGCCUCCCCGCUCUCCAUGUCUUCGGUAGCAAUGCUUCCAGAGGGUUUGGCAAAGACGGUCGUGAAUGGCGGGGAGAUGGGCGCUUCUCCGAUCGGCCGGGGCGACAUUCUCACCGUAAAAUACACGUGUUAUUCGGUCGGUUUGGGAGACCAGGACGAAAACGAGGCCGAAAAUGUGCUCUUGGCACGAUCCGAUUCUCAAAAGGUGGUGCGUAUGAACGGUGCAUCAAAGAUUAUAUGCUCAGAUGCGGAACUCUACAUAAAACAGAGCGAUUGAAGAAGGAUGGGACUGCGCAUGCGGUUUUGGGAAUACGUUUUUUCUAUCCAUUUCAAAUCGAACCGGAAAGUAUUGUCUUAAUUUUAGCUUUUCGUUCUCGGCCCUGUCGUAUCUCAUACGCAAACCUUCUAUUUUCUUUCUUGAACCGAAUGCAUGCUACAUACUUCACUUUAAACAUACUACACGACAACAACAACAUUGCGUUACCAGGUCGUUGGAGACGGAUCGAUGGUACCAGGAUGGGACGCCGCUCUUCGGAGCAUGACCGUCGGCGAACGAGCCGUGGUUCGGAUCACUGACCCCUCACUGGGUUACGGCGGUGCGAACAGCGACAAGAGGGGAGCGGCCGCGCUUGCCGCACUCUUGGGCGUGGAUCCCGCCCAAGCUUCCACUGCACUCCUCGAGUUUGACAUCCAGGUUCUGGCAGCCCAGUCGGCGGCUUCGGCCGCCCAGGUAUUCGACAUGAAUUUCGACGCCAUGGCCCUCGAGGACGACACGCCCAAGACGGCAGAAGAAAUUGCCGCCGCCUACCAGGUGAGAAUGGCCAACAAGGCACCGGAAAAAGAAGGCCUCGAAGGGUGGAUCGACACGGUUAAGAACUAUUAUUUUUUCGGGUUCUUCGAGGGAGAGACCGGGGAGGAGGCCCCCUGGUACCUCAAACCGUCCAUCACCUUUCCGAUUGCCUUUGCGAUUGUUGGGGCUGCCUUUUACGUUUCGCUGCUUUCGGGAGCCAUUAGUGAAAAGGGUGCCCAGAGCGUCGACGAACUCGAUGUUAUUGUCACUACGACGAUGAUGACCCUUCUUUCGGGGGUUCCGUCCUUUUAACUAAAGAACAAACAUUUCCUCUCGAACAAAUCUCUCGAAACCCCCAACGAGAUGGGUGUUUUCAUUGAUGCGGGACUUAGCUUGCAAUUGGAUUUCUGAGUUUCCUUGCAUUUAUGAAGUAAAUCAUAGCACUACUUUGCUUUUCUAUUUCAAAGAGCUCACCGUUUAUUCUUGAUAGGUGGUUUCAUCGACGCCAACGCCAAGGACGGAGUUUUGCUGUGGAAAAUGAUUGGCGACGGACAUUGCUUUGUCGGCCGAGACUUUGUUUCAUUACAAAUGUAUGUAGGUCUUUCUUUGCCUAGCAAUUUCAUCCAGAGGACUUCCAUGAACGCAUAUAUCCAUUUCACGGAUAUAGUCAGACUAGAAAAGGUCAGAGUCAACCGACGACGUCGGUGAUGCUGCCCUCUUCAAAAGCCAUAUGCGUUCGCUAACGCACACGAUAACCUUUGCAGACCCGUUUCCAACAGUCACUCGUUGAAGAAAUCCCCCUUCAUUUGUGAGUGCAACUUAUGCCAAUCUGAUGUUUGGUCGAUGUUGAGUAUUAUCUUUUCGUGAAUCUCUUCGUCUGUGCGCCAACUUUGGAUCGGGUCAAUCGAGAAGGCACGUUCCAACCCUAGGACGACGACGAACACACCGAUGCCUUUUCCCAGCACCCUCUGUAUCCUACACAAGUACGGAUCAAAACAGCGGUACCGAGCACGUAUGGAAAACAUGUCGCAUCUAUCACGUUGCUUGUUGUUACUGAGUUCUAGGCUCAUGGUACGAUGCUAUGACAUACKAUACGAUACGGUACUAUACAAUGCGAUACAAUGUAAUGCGAUAUGAUAUGAUAUAAUAUGACACGACAAGGCAGGACAUAACACAAGACAUUGUUCUGCAGGACCCCAGCAAACGACGGACAGGGCAACAUUCCAACAAAUUUGUUUCGGUACAACAUUUUACAGUAGUUGUUGUACAAAUUUUACAAUAAUAUAUUUUUUUAUAC